AUGCAAUGCAAUGAGGAAUCUGAUGCAGCAUUCGAAGUGACACAUCAAAGCCUGGCUCAGGCCGCACUGCUGGCACACAAUAAACUAGAAGCACCUUUGGCACUGGUGGUGGACGCUAACCAGUUUGGUGUUGGUGCAGCCCUGCAACAAUUGGUGGACGGCACAUGGCAACCUCUAGCAUACUAUUCACACAAGUUGUCACCAGCACAACAACGCUGGAAAAAAGUAAAGGCAGAAAGAGUAAAGGCAGAAAGAGUAAAGGCAGAAAGAGUAAAGGCAGAAAGAGUAAAGGCAGAAAGAGUAAAGGCAGAAAGAGUAAAGGCAGAAAGAGUAAAGGCAGAAAGAGUAAAGGCAGAAAGAGUAAAGGCAGAAAGAGUAAAGGCAGAAAGAGUAAAGGCAGAAAGAGUAAAGGCAGAAAGAGUAAAGGCAGAAAGAGUAAAGGCAGAAAGAGUAAAGGCAGAAAGAGUAAAGGCAGAAAGAGUAAAGGCAGAAAGAGUAAAGGCAGAAAGAGUAAAGGCAGAAAGAGUAAAGGCAGAAAGAGUAAAGGCAGAAAGAGUAAAGGCAGAAAGAGUAAAGGCAGAAAGAGUAAAGGCAGAAAGAGUAAAGGCAGAAAGAGUAAAGGCAGAAAGAGUAAAGGCAGAAAGAGUAAAGGCAGAAAGAGUAAAGGCAGAAAGAGUAAAGGCAGAAAGAGUAAAGGCAGAAAGAGUAAAGGCAGAAAGAGUAAAGGCAGAAAGAGUAAAGGCAGAAAGAGUAAAGGCAGAAAGAGUAAAGGCAGAAAGAGUAAAGGCAGAAAGAGUAAAGGCAGAAAGAGUAAAGGCAGAAAGAGUAAAGGCAGAAAGAGUAAAGGCAGAAAGAGUAAAGGCAGAAAGAGUAAAGGCAGAAAGAGAGAAGAAGUUAUGGAAGAAGCUGAAGAGAGCUUCCUUACCAACAUUCAAAACCCGCAAAUAUAGUUACAGCACAGGUGCACGUAUCACCAUGAUUUCCUACCCAAGUGCUGAAGACAGUGCUGAAGACAGUGCUGAAGACAGUGCUGAAGACAGUGCUGAAGACAGUGCUGAAGACAGUGCUGAAGACAGUGCUGAAGACAGUGCUGAAGACAGUGCUGAAGACAGUGCUGAAGACAGUGCUGAAGACAGUGCUGAAGACAGUGCUGAAGACAGUGCUGAAGACAGUGCUGAAGACAGUGCUGAAGACAGUGCUGAAGACAGUGCUGAAGACAGUGCUGAAGACAGUGCUGAAGACAGUGCUGAAGACAGUGCUGAAGACAGUGCUGAAGACAGUGCUGAAGACAGUGCUGAAGACAGUGCUGAAGACAGUGCUGAAGACAGUGCUGAAGACAGUGCUGAAGACAGUGCUGAAGACAGUGCUGAAGACAGUGCUGAAGACAGUGCUGAAGACAGUGCUGAAGACAGUGCUGAAGACAGUGCUGAAGACAGUGCUGAAGACAGUGCUGAAGACAGUGCUGAAGACAGUGCUGAAGACAGUGCUGAAGACAGUGCUGAAGACAGUGCUGAAGACAGUGCUGAAGACAGUGCUGAAGACAGUGCUGAAGACAGUGCUGAAGACAGUGCUGAAGACAGUGCUGAAGACAGUGCUGAAGACAGUGAAGAAGUACUGGAAGAAGCUGCAUAA